UUGCUUGCUCUUUGGAUUGGAAUCUAGUCUUGCCUUGUUUUGUGAGGUAACUUGUGACAGAUGAUUGAGAGACAUUAGCCUUUUUCUUGUGAAUAUGUUGUUUCUAAAAUUUCGAGAAGCUUAAUUCUAUUUUUCGCGCCCCCUUUCUCUCUCUCUCUCCUUUACACUCUUUGCCACUCUAUAUUUCUUUGUUGUGUGUGCCUAUUGGCACAAGACAUGAAUUCAAGAUGUUGUUUGAUGAUUGAAAUCGACAAUUGUGUUGAGAGAAAGCGUUGCUGUUCAUUUUUACAACUUUCCCUUGCUUAUUUUGGCGCUCUUGCUUGUCUCAUGAUCGAAAAGAUAAAAAAUGUCUGCAGGAACCUUUUCAAUAGCAGUGGUUGUCUUGGAUGCUGUACCAGGCCCCAACUAAUAAUCGCUGUGGAUGAGCCAUCAAAAGGAUUGAAAAUACAAGGCCGAUCCGUAAAGAAAUCAAGCUUACCAGUCGAAAUUUGGAGCAGCUCGUAUGAAAUGGACAAUAGUGCAGUUCAGUCACAGAGAAGCAUUUCAUCUAUGAGUGCCUCUAAUCAGAACCUUGAUCCCCAUGGUGGCGGUAGAAGCACAAGCAAUCCUUCUGAAUUUGUAAAUAAUGGCCUACUUCUCUGGAACCAAAUGAGGCAGCAGUGGGUUGGUGAUAGAAAGUCUCGUAACCAGCCAAAAAUGCGUGAACCCAGAUUAAGUUGGAAUGCUACAUACGAGACUCUGCUUGGGACAAAUAAGCCUUUUCCUCAACCCAUCCCUCUGCCUGAAAUGGUUGAUUUUCUCGUUGAUGUCUGGGAACAAGAAGGCUUGUAUGAUUGAGCUAUACCAAAAUCUUGAAAACCGAUGAUUCUUCCUUUUAGCAACCACUCGGAUUUUGUAAAGGUUUGGUGCCAGAAGAUGAUUAGUAGCAAAGCUAAAAUGAUCGCAUCUAGAGCACGAUUAAUCCUCAGAACUCAUCUGUUUUCCUAUCAAGUCAAAAACUUUCCAAUCUGAUAAAAUUCUAGCUUUGAUUUUUAAUUUCCUGCCAUCAAGUUAAUUUAAUCUGCAUGAUUAGUAGGUAAUCGAUAUCAUUGACUUGAGUCGUCUUUUUUCAUGAUCUAAUGUGCAGAAAAAUGAUUGAAUUAGCGUAUUUGAUGGAAAUUUGUGGGAAUCUAUUUUUUAUCCUUGCAAUCAUAGAGAAACAUGUUUUGCAGAACAUAAAAUUUCAAUUUUAUUGGUUUGUAAAGACACAGGACACCUUGUUAUCAUGAAAAAAUAUUCUAUAAGUGGUUUCAUGCCUAAUUUUGCUACCAUUUCA